AUGUCGUCGAGACGAGCAGCUAACCCGGCAGCUGAACGGGCCGCAAAGAACCAACUGGUGAUUAAGAAUCUUCUUAAAUUGGAAUGCAAUAAGACUUGUGCGGAUUGCAAGCGGAAUAAACAUCCGAGAUGGGCCAGCUGGAAUAUCGGCGUUUUCAUUUGCAUUCGUUGUUCGGGCAUACACAGGGGCAUGGGAACACACAUUAGUCGAGUCAAGUCCGUCGAUUUAGACUCUUGGACGGAUGAACAAUUGCAGAGCGUGCUCAAAUGGGGAAAUGCCAGAGCAAACAAGUACUGGGAAGCAAUGCUUGCUCCUGGGCACAUCCCGUCAGAAUCGAAAAUGGAGAAUUUCAUUCGAACCAAAUACGAGUCGAAGCGGUGGGUCAUGGAAGGACCAAUGCCUGAUCCGUCAACCCUUGAUGUUGACGAAGGUGAUGACAAUACCCCGUUGGCCGUUGUCCAGGAGAAAGCCAAGUCAGAACGAUCUUCCUCUCAGCGCGCAUUGUCAACAGUGAGCCAACAAGCACCCGGUCGAUCUGGGCAACCAGUGAAUUUAUUUGACGAUGAUACCCCAACCCCUCCUGAGAGGCCUAAUACCACAGAUUUGCCUGGUAUCCGCCCGCCAACCGUCUCGUCUAAACCAGCUCCUGCCCCCUCUUCCAAAGCGGGAAAACCGGCAGAUUCAUUGCUUGGGCUGGAUUUCUUCGGCUCCUCCCAACCUGCUGCAAACCGCCCAUCUAGUACUCCGUCUUCUAAUCCAGGAUCCACGGCUUCAAGGCCCGACCUCAAACAGUCCAUUUUAUCUUUAUAUGCAUCGGCUCCGAAGCCUCAAUCUCCACUGCAGCACGACCAAAAUACGUCAUUUGAGUCUUUUUCAGCGCAGCCACAGCCACAGCAACAACAAAGACCACAGACUGAUACCUUUGGUGGACUUACCGAUACAUUUAGUGGCUUGAGCUUCCCAGCUACCACCUCUACUUCUUCUCCUUCUCAGAGACACGAUGCAUUUCCCAACCUCGGAUCAUUUAGUGCUCCAAAGUCUCCUCCUGCCCCGCAAAAAAUAUCUUCCCUGUCAAUGGGCGGAGGUGGGUUUUUUGAUACUCCUGCUAUGUCAUCGGUUCCUAAGCCACAACAGACGAGAACUCCGUCCAUGUCGUCUGGGCAUGAUUUUAAUUUUGUGGGAGCUACACUGGGAUCAACGAAGGCAGCAGCAGCACCUCCCAUGACAUCCACAGGUGCUUUUGACCUGUUUUCUUCUCCGUCAAUUACUUCUAGCAAUAUCGCGCCCGGAGUUUCGCCAAAACCAGAAAACGUAAACUCUGUAUUCAACCUUUCUGCACCUCCGAAUGCUCCCGCACCUCCUGUGUCUUCUCCUACCAGCGCUGUCAACGUUGGUAGUAUGCAUUCAAACAGUGCCGUCGAUCCUUGGGGUGGCAAUGACUGGAAUACGAUUGAAUCUACCACGAACACUAAGCAAAAUCCUUCAUCCAUGAUGAAGGUCCCCGAUAAAAUUACCGCCAAUGACUUUGGCUCCGGGUGGGGUUCAUCAACUACAGCUUCCUCUACUAAGCCCACCCCCACCGUUUCUGCCGAUGAAGAUUUCGGCGGAUGGACAAGCGUCCCGCCUCCAGCGCUGACAAGUACCAGUACCGUUUCAAAACCCAAGUUGAGUGGUGGAUUUGCGGGAAGUGAUGAUUUGUUUUCUAAUGUAUGGGAGUGA